AUGGUUGACCGACGCAGUGGCAGUGGUGGCGGUGGUGCUGGUGGUGACGGCAGCGCCUCUAGCGCCGCGGCUGGUGCAGCAAUCACGCCAGGAGAUGGCGGUUCGAGAUCCCGGACUACCAGCGACGACGAACGGGGAGGUCGCAUGCUGCAGCCGCGCACGCAACUCGCUUUAGUCACAGGCGCUGCGAUUGCGGCUGCGGUGCUGCUGCUGCGAGGACCACGCCCGUCUCUCAACGAGCGACUCAAGCAAGCCGCAGUAGCCAUAGCAGCAGCAGCAGCAGCAGCAGCAGCAGCAGCAGCAGCAGCAGCAGCAGCAGCAGCAGCAGCAGCAGCAGCAGCAGCAGCAGCAGCAGCGGCGGCGGCAGCAGCAGUAGCACGGCAAGUGGCGCCACAUGGGACAGCGGAAGCAGGAAGGGGAGGGGUUGGGCAGCGCGAGAGAGAUGGUGUCGAGGAGGGAGUAAGAGGAGAGAGCACGGGUGGGGCUGACACGAGUUAUGGCUCAGCUGGGUUGAAUGGAGGGGGAGAGGGAGCAAGACGAGAUGGCGAGGCUGGGGCGAAGGGUGAAGCUGAACGGGAGGAGGACCGGAUGCGAGCGGAGGCAAGGCAGAGAGCAGCAGACGAGGAGUUGAGGCGGCAGCAGGACAAGUUCAGGAGGGCGUUUCACCGCUACCAGCAUGCCAGCCGCACCCAGCACACCUUUAACUGGUUGUGGGAGGAGAUGGAGAUGGUUACUGAUCACUGGCAUGCCCUGGGCCUUGACAGGUUGUGGGAGGAGAUGGAGAUGGUUACUGAUCACUGGCAUGCCCUGGGCCUUGACAGGUUGUGGGAGGAGAUGGAGAUGGUUACUGAUCACUGGCAUGCCCUGGGCCUUGACAGGUUGUGGGAGGAGAUGGAGAUGGUUACUGAUCACUGGCAUGCCCUGGGCCUUGACAGGUUGUGGGAGGAGAUGGAGAUGGUUACUGAUCACUGGCAUGCCCUGGGCCUUGACAGGUUGUGGGAGGAGAUGGAGAUGGUUACUGAUCACUGGCAUGCCCUGGGCCUUGACAGGUUGUGGGAGGAGAUGGAGAUGGUUACUGAUCACUGGCAUGCCCUGGGCCUUGACAGGUUGUGGGAGGAGAUGGAGAUGGUUACUGAUCACUGGCAUGCCCUGGGCCUUGACAGGUUGUGGGAGGAGAUGGAGAUGGUUACUGAUCACUGGCAUGCCCUGGGCCUUGACAGGUUGUGGGAGGAGAUGGAGAUGGUUACUGAUCACUGGCAUGCCCUGGGCCUUGACAGGUUGUGGGAGGAGAUGGAGAUGGUUACUGAUCACUGGCAUGCCCUGGGCCUUGACAGGUUGUGGGAGGAGAUGGAGAUGGUUACUGAUCACUGGCAUGCCCUGGGCCUUGACAGGUUGUGGGAGGAGAUGGAGAUGGUUACUGAUCACUGGCAUGCCCUGGGCCUUGACAGGUUGUGGGAGGAGAUGGAGAUGGUUACUGAUCACUGGCAUGCCCUGGGCCUUGACAGGUUGUGGGAGGAGAUGGAGAUGGUUACUGAUCACUGGCAUGCCCUGGGCCUUGACAGGUUGUGGGAGGAGAUGGAGAUGGUUACUGAUCACUGGCAUGCCCUGGGCCUUGACAGGUUGUGGGAGGAGAUGGAGAUGGUUACUGAUCACUGGCAUGCCCUGGGCCUUGACAGGUUGUGGGAGGAGAUGGAGAUGGUUACUGAUCACUGGCAUGCCCUGGGCCUUGACAGGUUGUGGGAGGAGAUGGAGAUGGUUACUGAUCACUGGCAUGCCCUGGGCCUUGACAGGUUGUGGGAGGAGAUGGAGAUGGUUACUGAUCACUGGCAUGCCCUGGGCCUUGACAGGUUGUGGGAGGAGAUGGAGAUGGUUACUGAUCACUGGCAUGCCCUGGGCCUUGACAGGUUGUGGGAGGAGAUGGAGAUGGUUACUGAUCACUGGCAUGCCCUGGGCCUUGACAGGUUGUGGGAGGAGAUGGAGAUGGUUACUGAUCACUGGCAUGCCCUGGGCCUUGACAGGUUGUGGGAGGAGAUGGAGAUGGUUACUGAUCACUGGCAUGCCCUGGGCCUUGACAGGUUGUGGGAGGAGAUGGAGAUGGUUACUGAUCACUGGCAUGCCCUGGGCCUUGACAGGUUGUGGGAGGAGAUGGAGAUGGUUACUGAUCACUGGCAUGCCCUGGGCCUUGACAGGUUGUGGGAGGAGAUGGAGAUGGUUACUGAUCACUGGCAUGCCCUGGGCCUUGACAGGUUGUGGGAGGAGAUGGAGAUGGUUACUGAUCACUGGCAUGCCCUGGGCCUUGACAGGUUGUGGGAGGAGAUGGAGAUGGUUACUGAUCACUGGCAUGCCCUGGGCCUUGACAGGUUGUGGGAGGAGAUGGAGAUGGUUACUGAUCACUGGCAUGCCCUGGGCCUUGACAGGUUGUGGGAGGAGAUGGAGAUGGUUACUGAUCACUGGCAUGCCCUGGGCCUUGACAGGUUGUGGGAGGAGAUGGAGAUGGUUACUGAUCACUGGCAUGCCCUGGGCCUUGACAGGUUGUGGGAGGAGAUGGAGAUGGUUACUGAUCACUGGCAUGCCCUGGGCCUUGACAGGUUGUGGGAGGAGAUGGAGAUGGUUACUGAUCACUGGCAUGCCCUGGGCCUUGACAGGUUGUGGGAGGAGAUGGAGAUGGUUACUGAUCACUGGCAUGCCCUGGGCCUUGACAGGUUGUGGGAGGAGAUGGAGAUGGUUACUGAUCACUGGCAUGCCCUGGGCCUUGACAGGUUGUGGGAGGAGAUGGAGAUGGUUACUGAUCACUGGCAUGCCCUGGGCCUUGACAGGUUGUGGGAGGAGAUGGAGAUGGUUACUGAUCACUGGCAUGCCCUGGGCCUUGACAGGUUGUGGGAGGAGAUGGAGAUGGUUACUGAUCACUGGCAUGCCCUGGGCCUUGACAGGUUGUGGGAGGAGAUGGAGAUGGUUACUGAUCACUGGCAUGCCCUGGGCCUUGACAGGUUGUGGGAGGAGAUGGAGAUGGUUACUGAUCACUGGCAUGCCCUGGGCCUUGACAGGUUGUGGGAGGAGAUGGAGAUGGUUACUGAUCACUGGCAUGCCCUGGGCCUUGACAGGUUGUGGGAGGAGAUGGAGAUGGUUACUGAUCACUGGCAUGCCCUGGGCCUUGACAGGUUGUGGGAGGAGAUGGAGAUGGUUACUGAUCACUGGCAUGCCCUGGGCCUUGACAGGUUGUGGGAGGAGAUGGAGAUGGUUACUGAUCACUGGCAUGCCCUGGGCCUUGACAGGUUGUGGGAGGAGAUGGAGAUGGUUACUGAUCACUGGCAUGCCCUGGGCCUUGACAGGUUGUGGGAGGAGAUGGAGAUGGUUACUGAUCACUGGCAUGCCCUGGGCCUUGACAGGUUGUGGGAGGAGAUGGAGAUGGUUACUGAUCACUGGCAUGCCCUGGGCCUUGACAGGUUGUGGGAGGAGAUGGAGAUGGUUACUGAUCACUGGCAUGCCCUGGGCCUUGACAGGUUGUGGGAGGAGAUGGAGAUGGUUACUGAUCACUGGCAUGCCCUGGGCCUUGACAGGUUGUGGGAGGAGAUGGAGAUGGUUACUGAUCACUGGCAUGCCCUGGGCCUUGACAGGUUGUGGGAGGAGAUGGAGAUGGUUACUGAUCACUGGCAUGCCCUGGGCCUUGACAGGUUGUGGGAGGAGAUGGAGAUGGUUACUGAUCACUGGCAUGCCCUGGGCCUUGACAGGUUGUGGGAGGAGAUGGAGAUGGUUACUGAUCACUGGCAUGCCCUGGGCCUUGACAGGUUGUGGGAGGAGAUGGAGAUGGUUACUGAUCACUGGCAUGCCCUGGGCCUUGACAGGUUGUGGGAGGAGAUGGAGAUGGUUACUGAUCACUGGCAUGCCCUGGGCCUUGACAGGUUGUGGGAGGAGAUGGAGAUGGUUACUGAUCACUGGCAUGCCCUGGGCCUUGACAGGUUGUGGGAGGAGAUGGAGAUGGUUACUGAUCACUGGCAUGCCCUGGGCCUUGACAGGUGCGUGUGCCUGCAUGCCCACAUGCUACCCGUGGCUCCAUAA